AUGGCCGAGAUACUCCUGCUGGAGGUGCGGCAGAAAAUGGCCAGGGAGCGGCGGAAGGGGGGAGGGGGAGAGGCGGGGGGCAAGGAAGAUGCGGUUCCGGGCGGGGGUGAUGGAGGGGUUGGAGGGGGUGCACAGGGUGCAGGGGAUGCAGUGGGUGCUCGGUAUGCAGGGGAUGCAGGGUGCAGCUAUGGCAUGAAGGCGGAUGUGUGGAGCAUGGGCAUCACUCUGUGCUCCAUGCUCACUGGCCGUCUGCCCAUUGUCAAACCGGGUAAGCUGCUGGCCAUGCUGCAUGCGCAGCAGCAGCAGCUGGAGCAGCAGCAGCAGCAGCAGCAGCAGCAGCAUGUGGAGUGGCAACAGCAGUGGCAGCAGCAGCAGAAGCAGCAGUGGCAACGGAGGGGGGGUGGUGUGGGGGAGGAGGUGGGGAAGCAGCAGGGAGAGCAGCGAUCGUGGCAAAUGUGGCCAGGUCAAUACCAGUUUUCGCAGCAGACAGCAUUACAUGAGGGGGAGCAACAGAUGAAGCAUUGUUACCACCAACAGCAGCAGCAUGUGAUGGCAUCUCAAUCUCAGAAUGGCCAAACCCAGGCGACCUAUGCACCCAUGGCACAUGCUGCACACAGCUACACUGGCGGUGGCACUGCAUUCACUAGUGCCACUUUCCACGCAGUCACAUCCGUUCACCUUCAUCCCCUAGAUCCCAGCCUUGCACCGGUGGAUAUGAACAGUAGUCUGCACAUUGAAUUUGAGUCUCCUGGCUGGAAACCCAUCUCUGCAGCGGCGAAAGAUCUCAUCCGUCGAAUGCUCUGCAUCAACCCGGCUCAGCGGCUGAGCUCGCUUGAAGUGUUGGAGCACCCGUGGCUGAACCAACGGUCCGAACUGGAGCUCAUCUCCCUUGUGUACAACACUCAGGAAGUCCAUUGGACAGAAAGGCUCUCCUGGUUUCUCAAGUUCCCAGGUCACACAUCUCUUGACCUCACGAUCACCAGCUUGAUGGAUCUGAAGAUUCUCAACCGCCUUCUGGCAUCCUCUGCAGAUUCCCUCACGAGCAUGUGCCUUAGUUUUGAGUUCUCCGCUGCGCGAAUCAUCACAGUCAGUUUCGAGCAGCAGAGGCUCAACCUCCGCUUCUCCCUCCCUCCCUCCUUGAAGGCCUUUUCAGCCACAGCAGCGGAACUGGAUGUCAACUGCACGUGCUCUAGCCCUCUCGCUCUCGACUCGCUCACUCUCAUUGGCCGCACACAGCUUCUCGUCUCUUCACUCCCACUGGCUUCCGCCAAUACCGUCUACCUGAAUGGACCAACAACCCUCAAGCAGUCCAGCUCACCUUGGGAAGACCUUUUUGAUCGCACCUCCGUCUCGCAACGUUGCUUGGCUGCUACUGAAGCUUCCUUGACACAGCUACUGAGCAGCAUCGCGCCAACAGUGGAGGUGCUGACAGUGAAGCAUGGCAUGCCGCUUGAGAAUGUGUCGGCAGAAUGGAGCCGCCUGCGCCGUCUCUCCAUUGGUGUGAACGGCAGCAGGAGAAGUCACGGUGGGAGACACACCACUGCAUUGGAUGAUGCUGAGUUCCUUUCUCUUUCAAGGAGGGGCUUUGUUCAAGGAGAAGAGAGCGGUAGCGGCAGCGAGGACGAAGCAAGCAGCCCUCCCUUCAUCAAUGCUCCGAAGCUGCACUCCAUUUUCUUUGCGACGCAGGAGUGGCACCUUGGAACCCUGGUCUCUCUGCGCAGGCACUUCCCUUCUCUGUCGUUAUACUGCAUUGUUGGUCGCUCGUUUCGGUGGGAGCGGGAGGGGGAGAGGCGGAAAACUGAGCCGGUAAUGCAAAGGAAGGACGUGGUUAAUCUGCUGCCCUGCCGCGUCUGGCACAUCAUCUUCCGCCACCUGCUGGACAAUCCGGAUGACCCCUGGGCCGCAUGGCCGUGGGGAGCAGGCAGCGCCUCGUAUGAGGAGAACACGAGGCGCCUCGGCGCAUCAUGGCCUCUCGCCAGCCCGCUAGCGCGCAGCAGGCCCAUGCGCACGUGCAGUCGUAGCCGCACAUGCGACCGCGCGCACGCGCAGCAUUAG